AUGUUCAACCUGAUGAAGAAGGAUAAAGAGAAGGAUGGGGCCCGAAAGGAGAAGAAGGAAAAGAAGGAGAAGAAGGAGCGGAUGUCGGCAGCUGAGCUCAAGAGCCUGGAGGAGAUGAGCAUGCGCCGCGGCUUCUUCAACCUCAACCGUGCCUCCAAGCGGGACUCCAAGGCCCGCCUGGAGAUCUCCAACCCCAUCCCCAUCAAGGUGGCCAGUGGCUCUGACCUGCACCUCACGGACAUCGACUCCGACAGCAACCGGGGCAGCGUCAUCAUGGACUCGGGCCACCUGAGCACGGCCAGCUCCAGCGACGAUCUCAAGGUGGACGAUGCCAACUUCAAGGGCUCGGUGCUGCAGCGGGCGGCCAAGUUUGGUUCGUUGGCCAAGCAGAACUCCCAGAUGAUCGUCAAACGCUUCUCCUUCUCCCAAAAGAGCCGGGACGAGAGCACAUCGGAGACGUCCACCCCCUCCGAGCACUCGGCAGCCCCCUCCCCGCAGCUGGAG